AUGUUCAUUUCAUAUCGAAAAUGUUUUGCUAGGGGUUUCAUUCUGGCGCAACGUCCAGCUAAACGCGUUCGUCUGACGUCUGCGAACAGCGUUAACGAGUACAGCAGCUUUGUCCCUUCUAUUACUGAAUUAGGCAAUACCCAAAUGAAUAAGCUCAAGUCGGAACAGAAAGCUAAGAUCAAGAACUUCGUGACAUGGACGCAGACCAGCGAACAGAUUGCAUACACAUGUCUUUCGAGAGCAAAUUGGAAUAUGGAAUAUGCUGUCGACCUCUUCUACCAGAGUCCGAGAAUGGUCCAGCAACAACAACAGCAACCUCCUGUCGAUAAAUACAAGCUUGAAAAAAUGUUUUCAACUUAUGCAAAUGAUCCACGCGAUGAUGUCGGUACGGGACGAAUAGGACCCAAUGGAAUGUUGCGUCUUUUAAAUGAUCUUCAACUGGAACCAUCUGAUCGCCGUGUUCUUAUCCUUGCCUGCAAACUCAAGGCACAGACGCAGUGCGAAUUUAGCUGGGAAGAGUGGCAACAGGGUCUGUCAGCAUUGAGAGUGGAUUCUCUGGAUAAGCUUCGAGAACGCCUGCAAGAGCUUGAUGCGGAGCUCUCUGAACCCAACGCCUUCCGUGAGCUGUACACGUUCACUUUUCUUUACGGAAAAUUGAGCAGUCAACGAAAUCUUGAUCUGGAUACAGCAUUGGCUUACUGGAAGAUUUUGUUUAAGGAUAAGUUUCCCUUGCUAUCGCUCUGGGAGGAGUUCCUGCUUGCAGAACAUGGCAAAGCCAUCUCGCGUGACACCUGGAAUCUUUUGCUAGACUUUUGCCUUACGAUUCGCCAGGAUCUCACAAACUACGACGAUGAAGGCGCUUGGCCUGUACUUAUUGACCAGUUUGUGGAAUAUGCACGCGAGAAGCUGAACCUACCGCGACCUGAACAACAGGCAGCUGUUGCAUCGUAG